AUGGCACACGCAAAAAGUCUUCAUCAUUAUGCUAAAAAAAUGAAUAGUCAAUAUGUGCGCUUUGAAGUGUUUGGAUGUGAAACUGAGGAACUAACAGACUUCUGGGAAAAGACAAUUGAAAAACAAACUAAGCAUCUGCAAAUUGAAAAAGAACGUCAACAGAGAAGUGCUCUGCCAAAAAAGCUAAUGAAGAUCAUUGUUUAUAGGCCACUUCAUUCCCUUAUAUGUAUCAUUUUGUGUUUUAGGUGUCUUUUAAGCUUGGCACUAUCUUUACAAGUAAUCCAAUUUGGAAAUGGCUGUGAGGGGGAGAACUGUGAUGAUAACCCAGACCAGAAAAAUCCAAACACUUCCUUAACCAUCUUUAAUGAUAUAAAUAAUCUCAAUUCUGAGAGGAGAAGGAGGAACCCCUCUGAAGUCUUACCUUUCAUUGGGCUUACAGAUGCCAGAAAACUGAACAGAAGCUGCUGUCAGAAUGGAGGGACCUGUUUCCUGGGGAGUUUUUGCAUAUGUCCAAAACACUUUACUGGCAGACACUGUGAACAUGAUAAACGGAUCAGUAGCUGCGGUGCCAUUGGCCAUGGAGAGUGGACCCAGGAAGGAUGUUUGUUCUGCCAAUGUGUUUAUGGGAUUCUGCACUGUUUCCCUCAAAACCAGGAAGAUGGUUGUGGUCCUACAAAGAAAAAUAUGCCUGCUUGGAUUCAUCUUGGAAUGAGUUCUGAAGGACCAAAACUUCAACAGACAACAAACAUCCCUAUAGUUUCAUUACUGUUUCCUCUGCUUUGUCAGCUCCUCUAA